ACCAACCUAGCAAGGAAGAAACUGUCACUGGAAUGGCUAGUCAGCCAUGUUCGGCUUGCCCCAUGAAACCCAUCGUUCCUCCUUUAUCUCCAUGCAAGACCAAGAAGAGGAGAGUAAAGAAUAAGACCUUAAAGGCAACCAAUAUUCCCAGCCUUACUCUACUUUCUACCAAACCCACUACUCAAAGACGCCACAGACCCCGCCCUGCUGACCUAGUUUCACCCAGCCUGGUAGCCAUGGCAUCCUUUAGUACAAAGAGCUCCCCCUCUGAUGCACUCAAGGAUAUAUCUUAAAUACCCACCUAGCACGCAUACACAGUCCUCACCUUCACAUCCACAAGCUCCAAGAACCUUUGACAAGUUGGAUCAGCAUUUAGAGUCAAUCUCGUCAACCAAGGGUGGGAGCAUGGACAUGGCAGGUGAUUGGGACCAGGUGGAACAGGAGGUCCAGCUUUCCCCAUUAGUCAUCCCAGUUUCUGUCCCUGUCUCAAGCAAAGACACCCCAUUCAACAAAGCCUCUAGAGAUAGUAAAAUCUCCCUGCCGAUCAAGAAGCAUCAGAACGUCAAGAAGUCACGUCAACCCAGUCUUCUUAAGAGCUUGAUUACACCCAAUCCGGUGGCAGGACGUUACGCAAGUCAGCUGCGUUCACCUACCUACCUUGCCGACCACCUGCUGAACUUUGAUCCACCGCCCUACACUCCUCCUCCCAUGCUAAGCCCGCUACGCCCCGGAUCAGGGCUCUAUUUCAACACUCUAUUGCAGUACCAGCCUUGCCUGCCUCCAUCUAGCAUCUAUUCUGCUUGCCUGGAUGAUAAAGAUGGGAUCUCAUUAACAUUGGACAAUACAGUCAGCAUAAAACCAAAGAUCAACGUGGGUUCACGUUUCCAAGCUGAGAUCCCUCCACUGCGCAAUCCUUUGCUUAUCCUGUAUGAUGAGCACCCUGCUCAGCUCGUCUGGGCCCCAUGGGGAGACCUGAACACUAAUCCUGAGACACAACAGAAUGGUUCGUUUCCUCCACACUCGGACUUACAAAUCAAAAUGAAUACAUUUUCUUUUGCAAGAUCUUUUAGGUACCAUUUUCAAGUGCAAAAUGGCUCAGCAGCAUGUGUACAAUCUUGCUCUACAGUUACAGAAUUCCUAGACAUGUGCUGUUCCAGUGUGCUACCAGGAGGGGGCACCAACACCGAACUUGCACUUCACUGUUUGCAUGAAGUUCAAGGAGACAUUCUAGCUGCACUGGAUUUGCUCUUAGUUAGAGGAGAUUAUCGGACUUCCUGUCACCCACUCAGUGACUAUCACUACACAGGGUCUGUCCACUGGACUGCUCAGGAGAUGAAAGACUUCCAGAAAGCCCUUCUCAAUCAGACCAAGGAUUUUCAGUUAAUUCAUAAAGCGGUACGAUUAUCAAAAGCCCAUGAAGCCAGUGUUACAGCUUUCCUACUUAAAGUAAUUAAUUUGUUUUGCAGUUACAAACUAAAUCAGUGGCCCAGUGUGUGGAGUAUUAUUACACCAUGAAGAAGCUAAAGAAGUUCAAGAAGCCGUGUAGAAGAAUAGAAAACACUGACGGAGCUGGAAAGAGUUCUGUAGGUGUUUCUGUAGGAAUUGUUUUAUAAUGUAUGUGUGUAUACACCAAUCAGGCAUAACAUUAUGACCACCUGCCUAAUAUCGUCUUGUUCUGUCUUUUGCUGGCAA